UUUCCAACAGUAAAAAUUAAACCGUAUGUAUAAAAAUUAUUCUUAUUCUAGUGGUUCGCCGUGCCGUCAAGCAAACAGAUUCGCCUUUCCGCCGUGUCUAUCCAAGUUAUUCCACAAUGGCAAAUUUCGGUGGUAAAGACAUGUAUCAAGACCUUUUCAAACCAUCUUCUGCGUCAGAUUUACGUUUGAAACUUGAAACCCUAAGAAAUAUACCUCGAUGUUUAGGUAUUGAUUUUGAAACCCUAGAACCUAGAACUCGGCGUCGUUAUGGAUAUGAAUGCGACGAGUUUGAUUUACCUAAUGAUAUUGACAUAUUGAAACCUAAAAAACCCAAAAUAGAAGAGGCUCAAGUCAUCACGACAUCACCACAGAAGCUAGAAAGAGCUGAGAUUGAUCGGAUUAACGCUGAAAUUAGAGAGGAGUGCUACUAUUUUGGUGAAGAUGCCUUACGGAUGGCAGGACUUUUUCCAGAGGAUCCGGCAGAGGAUCCGGAACCGGCAGAGGAUCCGGAAACGGCAGAGGAUCCGGAACCGGCAGAGGGACCGGAAGAGGAACCGGAUUGCUCCAAAUAGAGCUUUUCUAACACAUGAGACUUUCAAGUAGUGGAAGCAAUGGCAUAAAUAAUCCAUGUAAUUGAAUCUAUUUUUAACAAAUUCCGAACUGAUAUGUUUGUUAUCAUCCACUAUUAUUACUUUUUAUUCUGUCUCUGUAAACCCUAAUAUUAAUCUAAACUCGUGUGGGGGAGAUUUGCAUAUAGGAAAAAAAAACUAUUUCACCAGAUUUAAUCUUUGCUACUAUGAUUGAUGAUAUUUCUCUUUCAAUGCAUAAUAAAAUCCAGCUGAUUGUGAUUAAUGCAUCGGUUCUAUUUACUAUUGGGAGAAUUUUUCCUAGAAUAAAAUACUAUUGACA